UUUAGGGCUUCCAUUUGGCGCGCUUUGGGGCUAGGGUCUCCCGGGCGCCUGGGCUGCGCUAUUCGCGAUGGAGGAGAGAGUGGAGGUCAUGGAUAAGCAGCAGGCAAAAGCUUUGAAAGAGGCACAGCGACUGGCAAAGGAAAGGGAACGGGAAGAGCAUCGAGCCAAAAGGGCUGAGAACUUAGCGAAGAAAGAGCAAGCUAGGGCUGAAAGAGAGGCUCUCAAGCACGAGAAGGAAGCGCAGAAAGAAAAAAAACGCUUAGCCAAAGAAGAAGCCGAGAGGAAAAGAAAUGCUGUCAUCCAAAAACAAGCUGGGAUCAUGAACAAGUUUUUUGUUAAAGAGAAACCUCCAGCGCCAUUGGAGAGGAGUCCCGUGAAGGAGGCUCCCAAGGAAAAUGUCGUAAUGUCUGCCAUGGAUCGAGUUCUUGCUACGAUUCAUACGGAAGCGAACGAAGUGGAGGUUUUCAGGAGACACUUCGAUGAAUGGAGAACCUCCCGACGCCAGAAAAAAUUUGUGACUUGGGGUUUGAGGAGAGAACCAAAGGUGGACGUGCUCAAGCAGCCAAAGCUCCAGCGAGAUGUCGACGUUUCUAACGAGAUCAGUCCUACAGCAUUACCCAGUGGGACGCCUUGCAUGAAGCUUCUACAAUUUCACAAGUGUUUCAGACCGGCGUACUAUGGGACACAUUCCAAAAAGAGCAAUGUUAUCGGCGCUCGUCAUCCAUUGAGGAAAGAACCAUCACUUGACUACGCUGUUGAUAGCGACGAUGAAUGGGAAGAGGAGGAGCCUGGAGAGAACCUUUCUGACUUAGAUGAACCUGAGGAAGAAGAGAAGAUGGACGACGAUGACAGCGCAGAUGACUUUGUCGUUCCAGAUGGCUACUUCUCGGCAGAUGAGGGACUGGACAUGGACACCUGUGAAAAUCAAAACAGCUGCUCGUCAAGUCAGGUCCCAAACACUGAAAAUGUCAAGAACAUUCUCGACAGCGUUGCCGAGCGCGCUCUCAAGCACAAUUGUCCGUUUGUGCUGCGGAACUUCACUGCGAACUCAACCAGCCAGGACUCCGACAGCGUUUCUCCUUAUCGGGAUUCGUGUCUUAAAGCGCUAGAGAUACGAGUUCUAGCCGAAGAUAUAUCCAUCGAGCCUGUUACUGAGGAGUACGAAGCCUACCCCCAGGAAGUGAAGACACCAAUCACUGGCGUCAGGAGGCGAAGGAAGAGAGAAUUAGCCGAUUCGGCGCUGCCUGAGAUUGUGCGAUUCCUGCAAGAGUCCUCGACAUUGGGAAUGAAAAAGAUUGUGGAGUCUCUCUCGCAAAGAUUUCCAGGUAUUCCAAAAUCAACGUUGACAUCGAAAGUACGCGAAAUCUCCACUUACACUGACAAUCACUGGAAGGUUAAAGACGAAGUUUUGGCUUUACUGCAGCCUCAAAAGAAGAAGUCUCUUGACGAUGAAGAAAAAAAAGACGAUCAACCUGUGGCAUGCAUCAACGUCAUGCAAAAACGCUGCUUGCCUAACAACGACGAGCCCAACAACGAGCCUAACGACGACGCGUAAUAACAUUUUGUAUAUAGAGCCUCGAUAUUAUUGCUGGUCAAAAUUAUGCGAUGCGUUCUAUUAUCUGACAA